GAAGUAAAUUAGUAUACUCGAUAUUUUUUUACACGAAAGGUUUAUUUGGAAAGAGUCAGCUCUGAUAUGGAAUUGCAGGAUACGUUUACGUCAGGGGAAGAAGAAACUGAGAUAUUUGAAAACAAAUUUGAUGAUGCAGAGGAACAAAGAAGUGAUGGCACCGCAGCAGUGAGAGAUGUUCAAGACUCUCCAGGGACAGCAGAAUUACACGAAGUAGGGAGUAGGAAUAAAAAGAAAACUGAUACUGCACUGGAGCGUAAAAUCAAAAGGAUAACAGAACAAUUUAAGGCUGAAAAGAAAAGUUUAACAGAAGAAAUAGAACGUCACAAACAUACCAUUAGUCAACAUGAAAAGGAAAUAGCAAGACUGAAAACAUUUGAAGACCAUCAGCCAAAUUUAAUCCAAGAAAUUGAUCGACUUAAGACUUUUGAAUCUGUACAUCAGGCUCACAAAGAACAAAUCUGUAAUCUGAAGGAAGAGCUAGAAAAUGCCAAAACAUCACAAAUCAAACUUGAGAAUAAGCUGCGACAGGUAGACAGUGAGAAGAGUUCUCUCAACGGAAUAGUCCAGGGUCUUAGAAAGGAUAAUCUUUCUCUAGUGGAGGAAAAAGAAUGUUUACUCCUUCGGUUAAGCAAGUUAGCUGGCGCUAAACUUACUCUCGAUAACCCGAACAUUGCUGACCUUAGUGACCAAAAACGACCAACAAAACUAGCAGAAGAGUUCGCUGAGCUUUAUGACAAUGAAUGGACAGAUGCUUUCGAAGAUGUAAAAACUACAAACGAACAAGAGAAAACGGCAUUUAUGCUAAAAUUACUACAGAGAGCAAGUGAGAUAUGUAGACAGGUGUCGUAUGAGCAUAUGGAUGGAAUGAAGAAAAGUAUAUGUACGUUAACUGUACGUACAAAUCCAUCUGAUCUCUCUAGGCGUACAUUGAAGUCGAAACAACAAAUCAACGUCAGAGCGGAUAGCAAGGUAUAUAUAGGUUCAGAGGAGACAUGUAGGUUAGCCUCGUCAGAUAUCUUUUGAUAAUGUUAAUUAAAUAAGAAUAAAAAGUAGAAUUUAUUUUUCGUGUUCUCUGCAUUUGCGUGUACUCAUCAUGUUUGUC